GAAGAAGAACGGCAGUUGAGAGAGUUAAAUGAGCGGCUUGCCCGCCAGCGCAAAGAAGAGCUGGAGGAAGAGCGUCGUCGAAAUGAAGAGAUACAACAGAAGCAGUACGAAGAGGAACUGCGAAAACUGGAGGAACGCCAACGACAGGAGGCCGAAGAGCAGCGACGCGUCAGGCGAGAACAGGAGAUAAUUUUAAACAAAAAACGGCUUCGUCCCAAGCUGUGUUUUUCCUUAAAAAAAUGA